AUAGAGGCUGAUUGGGCUGGGAGUAGGAAGGCAAGGGAGUUCCCUGGGAAUCUGUGACAAUUCUUAGGAGGCAAGAAAACAGGUUAGCUCCUGAUUCAUUAGCCGAAAAGCAAGACCUGAAUUAGCUGUGAAGCAAAGGCAGCUUCUAAGCAAGCUGUUCUGCAGUGGGACGUGCUACCUCCUGUUUCUGCUCAGAGAGUAACAGAAUAACAUCCCUGCCUUGAAAUUCAGACCACUUUUUUAGGAGAUACAGACUAAGUGUGUUCCUGGCACAGGAGCGUGGCCUCCUAUUUAUCCAUUUGCCAUUUGAUGUCUGUGCUCUCCAGGGCAGGUAUGAGAGCGCAUGAAGGGAAGGCAGGUUGUGCCUAUUCGUAUUUGUUUAUUCAUCUUACAUGUCUGUCUGUCCUGUCCCCUGCCAUUCCUCACCCUGAGCUUCGCCUCUUUCCCUGGGGCUGAGCUGCCAUUGCUUGCCUGGGACAAGGUGAAUCAUCUGCCUUCGUUUUUUUGGCGCUUGCUGGAUCUCCGGGCUUGCUCCCGAGGGUAUUCUGCCGUGGACGAAGGCCCAGUUUGCGUAUCAAGACCCGGAACUGGCUUCUUAAUUAGCGUUUUUAAUUGCAUGUUAGCUUUGCUGCAUGCGUGGUUUGCUCCUGCUGCAGAGGGUUGUUCUGGCUAUGCAGUCCUGCAGGUAACAUGCAACGAUCCUUGCCUCGCCAUGCAGCUCGGUGGAAGAGGUGCUGGGAGCAGACUUGGGAAAGCUCUUGAGUCUUGCAGAGGAUUUGCAUCUCCAGGUGCCUCCCUACCAGGGGGUACCUGGAUGGCUCUUGAAAUACCGCCCUCAAAGAAAGCCACCUACUUGAUAGAUCGGAGAAGCUGUCGUUCCAGGUGGUUGAGGAGAUAGUGAGAGGACGGGAAUUGAGGCAGAAAGAAGGUUGCUGCGAUUUCCGUUAUGUUUUUGGCUGUCCGCUUGCCACUCUGAGGCACCUUUUUUGUUUUGCAUUCCUGCAACCCAGGGAAAACCCCUCGCUGGUACAAGUGGUGCAAGCGGGAAAGUGGAUUUUGAAGCAUCUCUCUCCUUUCCCGUGCGGAGGGCGUUGUGGUUAGAGGCAGGAGCUGACCCGGAGGAAUGCAAGGGGUGCCCGACAGGGCUGUUUGCUUUUCUUUUGUGGAGUGUUUGUCUUGCCAGGGAAAUACCAAGCAGAACAAGGGAAAUGAGCUUGGCGUUGGAAAGCCGCUAGUAAAAUGUCUGCAGGCCAGAUUUACUGAGGGGAGAUGGAGACUCAGUUGGAUUGUGGCCAGCCAGGAGCAGUGCAUAUAGGUCUGGAGCCUGUAUUUCAGUGAGGUUGUAGAAAUACUGGAGGGAUUUGAAACAAACACCACAAGAAUGAUCUGAGUUGGAAAAUGGGCUUUCCAGCAUGGCUGCCACAGUUCGGCUUACUCAGUUUAUUCAAGAGAGUGGUGUUGAACCCCUCACAGGAGUCACCUGCAAACAGAAAAGGAUAUUUUCAUCUAAAUGCCGAAAAUCCCAGCAAACGUGGACUCAAGCGAGGCUCAUUCCAUCUUGCUAAUGACAUUUUCAAGAGGAUAGUCAAGUGCCAGAGCAAUUUCCCAGCCUCAGCAUCGCAUGGGGUUGGCGAGGCAUGAGCAGGUGUCCUUCCAGCAGCCACUCCUGGAAGAAGUCCGUGUCCUGAAGGGCGAUGCUUUGGAUGCUGUGGAUCUCCCAAGUGCCCCAUCUCUCCUCCUGCACGGCGAUCAGGGUCGAAUGUAUUACCUGGAUAAUUCUCAUGCCUGCAGUCCUACAUCUAGAAGAGCAGGUCUCUUCCAGGGCUCACGAAGGACCUGGAUUUCUACUUGAAGCCCAGCUGGUUGGGACAUACCUUCCACUUAGUAUUCGAGGAGCUGCAGAGCUACUUUGCUGCCUGCGAAGAUGAGACGCCGGCCAUCAGGAACCACGACAAGGUCCUGCAGCGGCUCUGUGAACAUCUGGACCACGCUCUGCUCUACGGGCUGCAAGAUCUUUCCUCAGGCUACUGGGUGCUGGUUGUUCACUUCACUCGCCGGGAAGCCAUCAAACAGAUAGAAGUGCUUCAGCAUGUGUCCACCAACCUGGGCCGCAGCCGGGCAUGGCUGUACCUAGCCCUCAACGAAAACUCCUUGGAGAGCUAUUUGAGGCUGUUUCAGGAGAAUCUAAGCCUGCUACACAAGUACUAUGUCAAGAUGCUCCUUACCUGGAUCUGGCACCGUACAUGCCGGAUUACUACAAACCUCAGUACCUGCUGGACUUUGAGGACCGCCUGCCCAGCUCAGUGCACGGCUCGGACAGCCUGUCUCUCAACUCCUUCAACUCGGUCACCUCCACCAACCUGGAGUGGGACGACAGUGCCAUCGCUCCAUCCAGCGAAGGAGCGUCUUCCUACCCUGGGAAUGUAGGUGGAGUUUGGGAUUUUAAGCUCAGAGGACAAGUUUUUUCCCUUAAUCAGACCCCUGGCUUUACAAACAUUAAUGAGUCAAACGUCACAGUAUCUGUGGGAGAUUAUGAUUUUGGAGAUGUCUUUCCAGCAAUGCAGUCCAUGCCCAGCAGAGACUGGGAAGAUGGAGACCUCACAGAUACGCUCAGCUGCCCGCGCUCCACCGCCUCGGAGGUGAACAGCGGCAAGACCUCCGUGAAGAGCCCCACGCAACGCUACAACCCCUUCAACGAGGAGAAAGCCGAUGCACCGUCCUCCGCCGAGACCACGCCAGUGCACACGGCUUCGCAGGAGAAGGCCGAAGCCACCCCCGAAGGAACGGACCAGUCCGAGAGCUGCACGGAGCUGGAGGUCAUCAGGUUAGCCAAGAGGAAGAAAGCGGGCAAGAAGAAGAAAGCGAAGCCGGAGGAACCGACGAACACCCCCGGGCCCACAGUGCCUGAGGCCAGCACCCAGCAGGCUGGGGGAGAUAGUGGUGUGAAUGGGCUGAGUGACAGGGAUGACUCACAGGGAGACGAUGGUCCUGCUCCUCCAGAUGGUGAACCAAGCCCGGCCGGGCCCGAAGAGAGCAGUGAGCGCUCUGCCCUCGGCCAGCUGGCUUUGCGCAUCCCCGAGAUGAAGGACACGUCCAUGGAGAGCGUGGGGCAGCCGCUGAGCAAGGUGAUGGACAGGCUGAACGGGCAGCUGGAUCCCGGCGGCUGGAACGCCCCGCUCGAGCCCCCCGGGCAGUCCUUUCGGACCGGCACGCCAGGGGAGACUCCAGAUGGAUCGUCCUCUGGCGACCUUAGUGAGGGGAUUUCGGCCCCCAUGGACUUCUACCGCUUUACCAUUGAGAGUCCAAACGCUCCUGCACCAGGUAGUGGCCACCAUGACGCUCCAGGGCCUGGCCAACCGCCACAUGUUUCUGGUAGCCUUGAGGCUCCUGAACAAGAAGAAAGCAGAGAAGGAGAAGCAAUUGGGGCAGUAGAAGAGUCUGGAGGGGCAGCUGAUGAACCCCAAAUUGGCCAGACGGAAGCCACCAACCCAGAGGCUGUCUGCGAGCUGAAGAAAGAGCAGCCCAGCCCUUCCCUGAGCAGUGCCGAGGACUCUGGCGUGGAGGAAGGUCAGGGCAGUCCUUCAGAGCUGACCCACCCCUCUGAGUUCAGGGUGGAUAACAACCAUCUCCUACUGCUGAUGAUCCACGUCUUUCGGGAGAACGAGGAGCAGUUGUUCAGGAUGAUCCGAAUGAGCACCGGGCACAUGGAGGGGAACCUUCAGCUGAUCUACGUCCUGCUGACGGAUUGCUAUGUGUAUCUGAUCCGGAAAGGGGCAGCGGAGAAGCCAUACAUGGUGGAGGAGGCCGUUUCCUAUAACGAGCUGGACUACGUUUCGGUUGGGCUGGAUCAGCAGACGGUGACUCUGGUGUGCACCAAUCGGAGGAAGCAGUUCCUGCUCGACACCGCGGACGUGGCCCUCACAGAGUUCUUCCUGGUCUCCUUGAAGUCAGCCAUGAUCAAAGGGUGCCGGGAACCCCCUUACCCCAGUAUCCUCACGGACGCCACCAUGGAGAAACUGGCGCUCGCGAAGUUUGUGGCCCAGGAGUCCAAGUGCGAGGCCUGCGACGUGGUGGUGCGUUUCUACGGCCUCGUCCACUGGGAAGACCCCAUGGACGAGGCGCUGGGACCCACUCCCAACAGCUACGCCUCUGCCGAAAACGCGGUCACGAAGGACGGCAUCCUGCACUACAAGGCGGGGACCUCGUACCUGGGCAAAGAGCAGUGGAAGACCUGCUUCGUGGUGCUCAGCAACGGGAUCUUGUACCAGUACCCGGACCGCACGGACGUCACCCCUCUGCUCUCCAUCAACAUGGGCGGCGAGCAGUGCGGGGGAUGCCGGCGCUCCAACACCACCGACCGGCCCCACUCCUUCCAGGUGAUCCUGACGGACCGGCCCUCCCUGGAGCUGAGCGCCGACAACGAGGCCGACAUGGCAGACUGGAUGCAGUACUUCUGCCAGGCCGUCUCCAAAGGGGUAAUCCCCCAGGGCGUUGCCCCCACGCCUUGUGUCCCCUGCUGCCUCGUGCUGACGGACAAGAAGGCCUUCACCUGCCAUGAGGACUGCCAGACAAGCUUCUUCCGCUCGCUGGGCACCGUGGAGCUGACGGAUGUCACCACCGUCUCCACGGAGGCCGGCAAGGAGUACUGUAUCCUAGAGUUUGCUCAGGACCGCAAGCAGUUCCUGCCCCCCUGGGUCCUCUAUUUUAGUUGCACUACAGAACUGGAGAGGUUCCUCUCGGCGCUGAACGCCGCGUGGAAGAACAUCUACCAGGUCGAUCUUCUGCACAAGGCCAUCCUGGACGCCGCCGUCAAGAAGAAAUGCGAAGACGCUCAGAGCCUCAUCGACAGCGCCUGGCAGCGCAGCGACAGCCUGUGCCGUGGACGAGCCGAGCGGGACCCGUGGUGUUAACCCCGGCAGGGCGAAGGACGGCCGACAGGACGAUCCCCGGCUGUUUCGGGAGAGAGAGCGGGAGCGAGCACGCUCCCGCCGCUGCGCAAGGCCUGGCGCCCGUAUCCGGCUGCCCCGGGGCCACCCCAAAUCCUCCUGCCGUCCCGCGGUACCCGCCCGGACGUGCCGGCGGACGUGGGCCCCCGGCCGCGCGGUCGCCCACGCGCUGCCGGCUCCGCGGGGACAAGGCGGGUGCUCGGCCGCGCUGGGGAUGAGGCCAGAGGCCGCUUGCGUUGUACAGACCCUCCCGCGUCGCCCAGCUGCCUCUGGACAAGCUGCCAGUCGAGGAAAAAAAGGAGCGAUGGGGGGGGGUGGGCUGGGGUUGGGGUGUCCCCCGGUUUCGGGUGGGCACCCGGCGCCGGGACCGACCAGUUGUUCAUUUUAGAACAAGGUGGGUCGUGGACGUGGCGAGACCGGAAGCCGAAAUCGCUCGCGCGCAUGUUUUACCCCUUGCUACUACAAUCACCGAGUACGGCACCGCUUCGCCCUCCGCCUUCCCUGCCCCUCGGCGCGGGGGGGUCGCUCCGGCCCCCCGUGAGGCAGAGGGAAGAGGGGACCUGAGGGCCGGAGGGUGGCGGAGCCGUUCCCUGCGCCCGAUCCGGCCCCGGUGCCCUCUGCAGACCGGGGCAUAGUUGGAGCUUUGAAAAAGGAGCUGGAGACCUUCUGUAAUAUACGUUCACGGGGCCUUUUUUGGGGGGAGAAAACGUAUGUGACCGAAUGUAUAUGUAUAUACAUCUGCUUCCUUUUCCUCCCCCCCCCCCUUCCCCAAAUAAAUAUUCAUUGGUAACUCA